UAUCAGAUGUAAUCAAACAGCUCAAUUGUUUGUCAGAAUGAGCAUCCUCGCGCGGAAUUUCUUUCCGCCUGCAAAGCUCGCCUUGAGGUUCAUCUCACAGAGGACGUCACCCGCCAAACUCCAUGAAAUAGUAAAAAUAAUAGAUCCGCAGUCAUCUAUAAAAAUCUCAUCGGCACUAAAACUCGUAAUCCGACCCUACGACUUACUCGAAUGUCCCGACGCCAACAAACUGCGUGCAUCGAUCUUGACAAGGUGCAGUAGGUCAACAGCGGAUUUAUCAGUGGAGGUGAAUGGAACAUCAGUGGAUAUCACAAGCGAUAACAUCAAAGGAAACAUCGACAGCCUCCAGUGCUUGCUUGAAGUGCCAGUGAAGGCUGAUUUGGACAUACAAGCCGACCAAAAUGCCGAUGUGUCGAACGUGCACAGUGACUUGUUUCAUCUUUUAUGCAAAGGGAAUAUUUUCACGAAGAAUAUACACAGUACGACAAUAUCGAUACAAUCCGAAGGAGGAAACAUAAACAGCUCAGGGAUUUUACUGGCAAAUAAGAUUGGAGUCAACACAACAGGAACAGGGAAUAUUAUCCUCGAUAAACUGCAAGGUGAUAUAUUUCACUGCAAAACGGAAAAUGGAAAUAUCAGCACAAAUUCUUGCUAUGUGGACUCUUCUAACUUCGCCACAGAGACAGGGACACUAAAUCUGAAAAACGUUCACAAAAAAUCUGAAGUCUAUGUUCUGAAGGAAGGGGAUAUUAACAUGACUGGAAUCCACGGAAACAUCUACAUAAAGUCAAACGGUGGCGAUAUGAAUCUGCAAUUUUCCGAGAUAUACGGCGACAACAUUGUGAUGUCGAACAACUCGAAGCAAGUGUCGAUAAAUAUUUCUGACCUCAUUGAGGAGAACUGCUUCAUUGAAAUACAUUCAGACCAAAUAACGUUAGAGGAUUCGGUGGUGCAUUUAGCGAAGUACGUAGAGAACGACAAUUACUUGAAUAUGGGCAAGGAACAUGACGCCAGAAACAAGUUAUUGAUUUGUACGAAAGGCCACCUGAGGUUUGGAAAAAUGUCGUGGGUGGAUAGUGUUAAAAUGCUAAUGAAUAAUAAAAAACUGUGAUUUAAUCUCGAAGUGCACGAGGUUGUAGAAAGUGUUAAAUAAAUUAUUGAGUAAUUUAGAAUAUAAUUACACUUGGA